UCUACAAAUAUUGAAUGGCUUUUGUGAUUCGUUGUUGUUAUUGUGGUUCGAUUGAAUCUGCUUUAUUGACGAGUCCUAAUAGACUGAUCAAGAAGAGACGAAAUGACUUUUUGUCUCAUCCAAGUCGCCAACUUGAACUUUCAAAAAAGUGUUGGCCGGUCUCACCUCAAGGAAAUAGAAUGGAAAGAUGCAAAUACUACCCACUUUUACUUUGUAUGGUGGCGGAGGUUUCAGUUUCGGAUAAUCUACUGCAGUUUAUGAAGCGUAAAAAGGAUUAUAUAGAGGAACAACUUAAUCGUUCGAUUCCUUUACUGGACCCGAGACUUGGCUUGAUUUACGAGUCCAUGAGAUAUUCUCUGUUGGCUGGAGGAAAGAGAAUCCGACCUAUGCUUUGUAUUGCAACUUGUGAACUUUUUGGAGGAAGUACUCUGACUGCUACUCCUACUGCUGUAGCCCUCGAAAUGAUUCAUACUAUGUCUCUCAUACACGAUGAUCUCCCAGCAAUGGAUAAUGACGACUACAGGCGAGGAAAGCUUACUAAUCAUAAAGUUUUUGGUGAAGAUAUUGCAAUUCUAGCAGGAGACGCUUUGUUAGCACGGGCGUUUGAAUACAUUGCGAAUGAGACUCAAGGAGUUCCUGCAGAAGUAGUAUUAAAGGUUAUCUCGUUUCUUGGAGCUUCUGUUGGAUAUUCUGGAAUUGUUGGAGGUCAAGUUGUUGAUAUUCUCUCGGAAGGGAAGAAAGAAGUUAGCAUAGAUGACCUUAUUUGGAUUCAUAAACAUAAGACGGGUGCAUUAUUGAAAUGUUGUGUAGUAACUGGUGCAUUGUUGGGAGGAGCAAAAGAAGAAGAUGUUAUUCGUGUUGGAGAAUUUGCAGAAAGAAUCGGUUUAGCAUUUCAAGUAGCAGACGAUAUCUUAGAUGUUACCGCGUCUUUUGAAGAGUUGGGAAAGUCGAUAGGCAAAGAUGAAAGGAGCGAUAAAGCCACUUUUCCUCGUUUGAUGGGAUUGGAAGAGUCAAAAAGGUUUGCAGAAAAACUUGUACAAGAAUCCAAGUAUCUUAUUGAACCUUAUGGAAAACGUGCCUAUUAUUUAGAGGCUUUAGCUGACUAUAUUGUUUCUCGAAGUUAUUAAUAAAUAUUUUGUGCUUUUGUCAACAUUC